AUGUCAAGCAACAGUGGUACUCCGGUAACAUCACCGAUUCAUGCUGGCAGGUCUCUCAAUUGUAAAGUUCUUAUGCUUGAUGACACAGUGCAAAAUUUUCCUAUCCCUUUGAAAGGAAGAGGAAUAGAUUUAUUCAAUGCAGUCAUCAAGAAAUUGCAACUUAUAGAAUGUGACUACUUUGAUUUACAAUACAAUAACCCGGAGUUGAUACCAUGUUGGUUAGACCAUGAGAAACCUAUUUUAAAACAAGUGACAAGGAAUCAGUUAUUCUUCAAAUUUCUUCUAAAAUUUUAUACUCCUGAUCCUGGCUUGCUCGAAGAAGAAUUUACAAGGUUGUACUUACUGGCUCUGCAGAUCAAAAGAGAUUUGUUGUCCGGGGAUCUUUACUGCCAGGAGCACACAGCAGUUCUCUUGGCUUCAUACAUUGUUCAAGCUGAACUUGGAAAUUAUUGUGAUGAAUAUGCCAGUCAGUCGUACAUCAGCCAACUGCACUUGCUUCCCAACCAGACACCUGAAAUUGAACUACAAAUCAUGGAACACCAUAAGGAGCACAUGGGCCAGUCACCUGCUGAAGCAGAUUUCAACUUGUUAGAUACAGCAAGGAAGGUAGAGUUGUAUGGGAUUCAACUACAUUCUGCUCAGGUUCGUGAUUUUUUUUCAUUGAAUAUUUUUGCCAACGAUGGGGUUGCCAUCUUCAUUCCGCUUUCCAUAGCCAAAACCGCCAUGUACGUUGUCAAAACCAUCUGUUUUCUCUCCAACGUGGCCAUUGAGAUCGCCUGCUGGGGACUAGGGGCCGAAGGUUAUAAAGAUGUCGUUGAAUUUUACUUCCCGUCGCGGAACUGGUCGAAAAAUUUCUGGAAAAAGUGUAUUGAGCAUCAUACCUUUUUUAGAUGUCACACAGUUCAUAAAGUACCGCGAAGCAAAACCAAAGUCAUAAGCCACGGAUCGUCAUUUAGGUAUUCUGGAAGAACCCAAAAAGAACUGGUUGAUUUUGCUAGAGAGAAAAGUAUCAAACCUGUUCCUUUUGAAAGGUAG